CUUUACUCCAACUCCAUCAUCCCAACGACCCGACAACAUGGAAGGAGAAAUCGUUGAAUCGCCUCGCAAGAGGAUCAAGACCGACACUGCUCCGUCGACUGAAGAUGCAGUGCUCCCCUCCGGUGUCGCGGUCGCGGCUCCCGCUCCCAGCGCUGAUUCUCAAGCGCUCAAGGAGAUCGAGGUCGGAAUUACCGAGUUUGUGAGCGCGGAGAAUGAGGGAUACGCCGCUAUUUUGAAGAAGAGGUAUACAGACUUCCUCGUCAACGAGAUCCUGCCGUCUGGUCAAGUCCUUCACCUCCGCAGCGGCGCACCCCCGAAACCUACCCAGGAACAGAACAAGGAUGAGCAAGCAGCCGAGCCUACUGUGGAGGCUCCAUCGUCUGAGCCCGCUGCCGAACAAGACGCGACCAAGGAAAAUGCGACCGAGGAAUUCAAACUUUCGGAUUCGGACAAGGCGUUGCUGGAGUCGUAUUUCAGCGCGGAAAUCGCCGAGAAAAUUAUCCAGCUGCACAGUCGUGUUUCCACGUCGUCUGCCAGACCGGGUGAUCUGGGAAAGGUCAAUGGCGGUACCAUUACUGACCGUGACCUGCGAACCAACAUUCACCAAGCCAUUCGCCGUAUUUUUAACUCGCAGCUUGAAUCUUCUACGGAUAGUGAGGGUGUGAUGACCAUCGCGGCUGCCCCGAACCGUAACAAACGCAAUGGAAAGGGUGGUGGCCGUGGAAACAAGCCAGACCGACGACCCAACUGGGAGGAAUUGGGUGGCCCGUACUUGCAUUUCACCAUCUACAAGGAGAACAAGGACACCAUGGAGAUCAUCUCCUACCUUGCGCGCCAGCUCAAGGUGCACCCCAAGAGCAUCCAGUUCGCCGGUACCAAGGACCGUCGCGGAGUCACGGUGCAGAGAGCCUGCGUUCACAAAUUGCAGGCCGAGCGACUGGCAAAAAUCAACGCGACACUGCGCAACGCUACCCUCGGCGACUUUGAAUACUGCCGACAGGGUCUCGAGCUGGGUGACCUGGAAGGAAAUGAAUUCGUGAUUACUCUGCGCGAUUGUGACAUUCCUGGUGUUGACUUGGCGGACCGUGAGAACGUCGUCGCUAAGACAAAGACUAUCGUGGACACGUCUCUGCGAAAUCUCCGUGAGCGCGGUUACUUCAACUACUAUGGCCUUCAGCGCUUUGGAACCUUUUCCACACGUACAGACAUGGUCGGUGUGAAGAUGCUGCAAGGCGACUUCGAGGGCGCCUGCAAUGCGAUCCUUGAUUUCAGUCCUCAUGUUCUCGCGGCUGCCCAGGAAGGAGAAAACUCCACUGCCAUGAUCAGUGCCGAUGACAGGGCUCGUGCUGAGGCAAUUAACAUUUUCAAAAUCGGGCAGAAUGUCGCCAAUGCCCUCGAAAAAAUGCCCCGGAAAUUCUCCGCGGAAUCCAACUUGAUCCGUCACCUUGGCCGUGCGAAAAAGGACCACCUCGGAGCUCUGCAGACCAUCCCACGCAACUUGCGAUUGAUGUAUGUCCACGCAUACCAGUCCCGAGUGUGGAACUUCGCCGUCGGAGAGCGCUGGCGACUCUACGGCGACAAGGUGGUAGAGGGUGACUUGGUCAUUGUCCACGAACACCGCGAUAAGGAGGGCACAGCCGACGGCGCAGACACAUCAAACGCCACCAUCGACGCAGACGGCGAAGUCAUCAUCAGACCCCAGGUUGAAGACAGCUCCUGCGCAGUCGACGACGCCUUCACCCGCGCUCGCGCCCUCACAGCCGCCGAAGCCGCCAGCGGCAAAUACUCCAUCUUCGACAUCGUCCUCCCCCUCCCCGGCUUCGACAUCAUCUACCCGCCCAACCAAAUGACCGAUUUCUACAAGACCUUCAUGGGCGAAAACGGCGGUAUCGACCCCUUCGACAUGCGCCGCAAAUGGAAGGAUAUCAGUCUGAGCGGUAGCUACCGCAAGGUGCUCAGUCGCAUGGGUCCGGAUUACUCUUUUGACGUGAAGUUGUACUCCCAGGACGAUGAGCAGUUUGUGCGGACUGAUUUGGAUAUUCUGCGUCGGGGCGAGGCUGAGGCUGAGGCCGAGGCUGAGACCGGUGCUGAUGCUGCGUCCGGCGAUAAGGUCGCUAUUAUCCUCAAGUUCCAGCUUGGUUCUAGCCAGUAUGCUACCAUGGCUUUGAGAGAGUUGAUGAAGGGUAAGGUCAAGGCGUUCCAGCCGGACUUUGGUGGUGGACGGUAAACAACUUGUAGAUGGACUGUU